AGCGAGUCACAUGACCUCGCUGUGUUUUCGCUCGCUGCACUUCCUGUUUAUUUCAGAGGAGAAUGACCCACCUAGGUUAGCAACUUUAGUUUAUAUGUAGGUUAUGUGAUACUCCGUAUUGUUAGUUUUUAAAACACCGAACAUGGCACAACUUCCGUGUUUUGCUCUGCUGUUGUUGUGCAGCGCUGCUCCGCUCGCGGCGGCACCGACUAGAAGAAGCUACCUGCCGGGCACAGGCAGGUUCUGGCACAUCACUGACCUCCACCUGGACCCCACCUACCACCUGGCCCCAGAUCCCACCAAGGUUUGCUUCUCCUCCAAAGGAGCCCCGGCCACCCACGCCGGCCUGUACGGGGACUUCCUGUGUGACUCUCCCUACCGCCUCAUCCAGUCAGCCUUCACUCACAUGGCGCCACUCACACAGCAGCAGGACUUCAUUAUAUGGACCGGUGACAGUCCACCUCAUGUCCCUGCAGGUGAGCUCUCUACAGACAUAGUGAUCCAGGUGAUCAGUAACAUGACUCAGACCAUCAGACAACACUUCCCCAACCUGACGGUCUAUCCCGCCCUGGGAAACCACGACUACUGGCCACAGGACCAGAUGCCGACCUCUACUAACGCCAUCUACAAAGCUGCUGCCCAGCUGUGGAAACCCUGGCUGCAGGCUGAAGCUCUGCUCACACUCUCACAAGGUGGUUUCUACUCCCAGCUGGUAAAGCCUGGUUUGCGGUUGAUCAGCCUCAACACUAUCCUUUACUAUGGACCUAAUAAAGUCACAGAGAACAUGACAGACCCUGCAGGACAGUUUGAGUGGCUGGAGAAAACUCUGGAGAAAGCUGCUCAGAGCCUGGAGAAGGUGUACAUCAUAGCCCAUGUACCUGUGGGUUACCUGCCCUUUGCCAGAAACACCACCGCCAUCAGAGAGAGCCACAACGAGAGGCUGGUUGCCAUCUUCAGGGAGUACAGUGAUGUCAUUGCGGGUCACUUCUAUGGCCACACCCACCGCGACAGCAUCAUGGUGCUGCUGGACCAACAAGGUAAACCAGUGAAUUCUCUUUUUGUGUCACCGGCUGUUACACCAAUCAAACAUGUUUUGGAGCCGUACUCAAACAACCCAGCUUUCCGUAUGUACUUGUACAACACCAAGGACUACGCUCUGUUGGAUAUCUGGCAGUACUAUUUGAAUCUGACGGAAGCCAAUGAGAAACAAAGAUCUGACUGGAGGCUUGAAUAUAUCAUGACUGAGGCUUUUGGACUGACUGACCUGCAGCCACAAAGCCUGCUCCAGCUGGGCCUGAGCUUCAGGCUGCCGCAGACCAAGGCCUUUGACAAGUAUUUCAAUAACUACAUGGUCAGUUACAACAGCAGUAUCGUCUGUGACGGAGGCUGUAAGGUCAGUCAGGUGUGUGCUGUGCUCUACCUGGACCAGCUGUCCUACUCUAAAUGUGUGGCAAAGGGAGAGUGGUAGCGUGAAGGUGGAUCAAAAUACCAAGGGAUUGUCUCAGGUGUCACAUUUAGUUUUUGAUUUUUAAAAUCAUUAUAUUUUCUUUAAUUCUGCUGGAACAGUGAAAAGGGGGAUGCCGUGCACCGACUCUGCUGCUCUGACUAUUUUACUAAGAUCUUACUUUCUACUGUCUGAAGAUGCACCUCAGGUUAUCUAUUGCACAACUCCACAGUAAAUCAGUAGUUUAAGAAGUAUAAAAUACACUAAUGCAUCGUGAAAAAUAUUAUGAUCAUACUGAUUUACUGUCCUCACAGUAUAAAAGUCCUCUAACUCAUCUGCUUUGGUUAAAAGGCAGAAUGGCUGCAUGAGUGUGGAUCAGAAUGAAGGAUUCUUAAGGGAUUUGUCUCAGGAGUCAAAUUUAGUCGACGAUUUUUAGGAUUAUUCUUAAAUCAUCUAUUUUUUUACUAUCAUAACAAAAAGACAUGCUAUGCACGGCCUCUGCUUCUCCUAAACAUGAAUCCAGUUAUCCCAUAUUUUUUCCCAAGCUGGUUAUUCAUCAGAUGAUAAUUGAUCAAAGAUGUUUUAUACUUGCCUCAAGUCAUCCACUGUAGAUCCAGAAUACAUAUUUAACAAAGUAAUCUAAUGGAAUAUACAGUGAAUAUAAUUAAAAUAUACUCCUAUAAUAAAAAAAAAGAUUGAUAUCUUGAUCAUAUUGAGUUGCAGACUUAUGAAUGUAGGUUAAAUCAAAUCAAAUUGGAGUCACAUUCAGACUUUGAAAUGACAGACUGUUACUUGAAUAACUCCUCUGCCUCUCAGGUUCAAGUGCUGUAGAUUUCAUGAGGGAAACCAGUUUAUUCCCUGUAUCUUUAUCUCUUGCUCUGAUGGAUUAUUCCUAAUCUGUGGAAUGAUCUAAUUGCUGCAGUGUGUCGACCGUCACUUGAGCUGAUGCUGCUGAUUAACCAUGAAUACUGAGCCAUUUUUAUUUUCUGUCAUGUCACUUAUUUCUGAGUGAAAUGAAACGUGAGCGGGGUUUAGUGACAAGAACUUUUUAAAUCAGCGCCUUGGAUUUGAUUUGAUCACUCAAAGGUGUUCAUACAGAGCUCACUGAACCAUGUUUGUUGAAUUGACAACAGGACUCUCGAGUAUAAAAUGUGAACAGUAAUCAUGUUACAUAUCACAGCGACAGUAUUGGUUCUAAUUUUGCUGUUUAUUUUUCUACUAAAUAAAGAUCUUUAUUCGACGUGUUUAAA